AAUCACUUCUCAUUCAAGGUGCGGCUAAGGAACAGGUGCGUUAAGGGUCACCCAGAGACUGUAUAAAGUGUAGUAUCAUAGUUGUUUGCGAACUCGUUAUCAGAGAGCUGAGUUAUACACAUAUAGAUAAUAUCAAAGGAGCUAACUUUGUGAGAAACAAAGAAAACUUAAAGCCGUCAGGUAGUGAGGAGUGCGGGAUUUGUACCUUCACAACAGGUGGACGUCGUCUUUGUUGAAUCACCGUCAAGUCGCUGAAGAACAAGUGAAAAUGGCCAACUCCGGUCUGCAGAUCUUGGGAUUCGCCCUUGCCCUUUUGGGCGUAAUUGGAUUGAUAGUUGGCACAAUUUUGCCUCAGUGGAAGAUGUCUGCUUACGUUGGGGACAACAUCAUCACAGCGGUGGCCAUGUACGAAGGACUCUGGAUGUCUUGUGCGUUUCAGAGCACAGGCCAAAUCCAGUGCAAAGUGUACGACUCAAUCCUGCAGCUCAACAGUGCCCUCCAGGCAACCCGUGCCCUCAUGAUUGUUAGCAUUAUUGUAACAGUGGCCGGCCUGGGCGCAGCCUGCAUGGGAAUGAAGUGCACCACCUGCGGAGGAGAUGACAAAGUACGCAAGUCCCGCAUUGCCAUGACUGGAGGAAUUAUCAUUCUGAUCGGAGCUUUGUGUUCCGUUGUCGCCUGCUCGUGGUACGCUCACGACAUCAUCCAAGCCUUCUACAACCCUUUCACCCCUGUCAAUACCAAGUAUGAGUUUGGUUCUGCCAUCUUCAUUGCCUGGGCUGGAGCUUUCCUGACUGUAGUAGGAGGUGCCAUGUUGGCAGCAUCCUGCCCAAGAGGGAAGUCUACACCAAAGUAUCCCACCUCCAAACCCCCCAGCACCACCAGGGACUAUGUUUAAACUGGACAGGACUUUGUGUUACAGGCUUUGAUAUUCAUGCUGUUCAAGAGAGCAGAUUGAAACAUUGUAAAAAGAUACCCCAGGAAGCAAUCAGUAGUUCAGUUUUUUUAUGUUAGUUUCUUUGGGGCCAUCCUGUAAUGUUACUGUAAUAUUAUUUUAGCAAAUGCAUUAUUAAAGUUUUAAAUAAUGGCUGUUUACGUCUGAAAGAACUUUUUGAUGUUGCCAUCUGGAACUACAGUCAGUGCUUGCUCAUGUGUAUACUAUGCAGUAUACUUUUCAGUUAGUUGAUACCUGCAAAGCACUAAUUUAAAAUUAAUAUGAAACACCUAUGAUAAUGUAAAAGUUUUAUUUCACAUUCUGCCCACUACAGUGUACAGUGCAUUUGAAUGUACAGUUUGGGAAAACAGUUUGAAUGCACUGAAUAAAAAUCGGAUGUGGCAAACGGCAACUCUUACACCUUUCGUUACCGGCUAAACAUCUGGCACAAGAGGCAAUUUGCUAAUUUUUUUUUUUUUUUUUUUUUCAUGUAUUUGUGCCUUUUUAUUUGUGAAUGUGACACAUCAUUCAGUACCACUGUAUGCUAUUUUAUUUUAAUCAAUUGCUGGAGUGAAAUGUAACUAUAAUUUACAGUAAUGUGAUUCAUUUAGCUCAGCUUGCCAAUGCUCUUGCUGCUGUGCAUACAGCAACAGAUGUUUUGAACAAUCCAUUUGACUUGUUCUGUAAUUAGUUUGUGUGAAUGGGCUUGGCUUAUUGCUCCUGUUUUAUUUUUUAACUCUUGAUACCUGUUGCUGCACUCAUCAUAUUUUCAGUUUUAAAAACUUUUUAAAUUGUGUUUUGUUUUGUUUUGUUUUUUUUUUCAGACUUUUUGUGUUGUACAUAAAAUAAAAGUGGAAAAUUUA